GGAUUGGCGCUGCCAAUGAGGCCCUGGUGUGGGCCGAGCGAGGCGGGGGAACGGGCCGGAGCGCUGCUUCUGCAGCGGCAGCUGGGGGAGCGGAGCUCCGGAGCCUGAGGAGAGGCAGCCGCCCAGCGAGCUGGCCGCGUCCGAGGCCCGGCUCUGAGGUGGGAGCCGCGCCGAAAGCUGGAAACUUUCCCGGCAGGAGCUGAUUGUGAGCACAAACAUACAUCUCUCAAGAAAAAGGACAGAAAAUUUCAACUGAAGAACUACUCUACCCCGUUUUCUUGGUGAAUGAGAAGUUAACAGAAGUAGAGACAGAGGAGUGUUGAAAAUGUUGAAGGCUGUGCUAAAGAAGAGCCGAGAGGGAGGGAAAGUCAACAAGAAGGAAGCAGGUGACUUCAGUUCAGAGACUCCUGUCUUGUCCUCCAGUCACAGUGGUGACUUUCCUGUGAGCAGUCUUACUACAGCAGAGGACACCUAUCGUGCGAGCUUGGCCAAAGGUGUUUCCAUGUCUCUUCCUUCAUCACCUUUGCUGCCUCGACAGUCUCACCUGGCCCAGUCAAGAGCAAGCAAAAAAUCACCAGGUCCUGUCAGGAAGCCCAAGUAUGUGGAAAGUCCCCGGGUGCCUGGAGAUGCAGUUAUGAUUCCGUUCAGAGAAGUGUCCAAACCCUCAGAGCCCAGUGAGAAUGAAGCAAAGGCUGAUAAUGAACCGAGCUGUUCACCGGCAGCUCAAGAACUGUUGACACGGCUGGGAUUUUUACUGGGAGAAGGGAUCCCAAGUGCCACACACAUAACCAUUGAAGACAAAAAUGAAACCAUGUGCACAGCUCUGAGCCAAGGCAUCAGUCCUUGCUCCACACUAACAAGCAGCACCGCCUCUCCUAGCACCGAUAGCCCCUGCUCAACCUUGAAUAGCUGUGUCAGCAAGACGGCAGCCAACAAAAGUCCCUGUGAGACCAUUAGCAGCCCUAGUUCCACCCUGGAAAGCAAGGACAGUGGAAUUAUAGCCACAAUUACAAGUUCAUCGGAAAAUGAUGACCGGAGUGGCUCCAGUUUGGAAUGGAAUAAAGAUGGAAGCCUAAGGAUAGGGGUUCAGAAGGGAGUGCUUCAUGACCGCAGGGCAGAUAACUGCUCCCCAGUGGCAGAAGAGGAAACCACUGGGUCAGCAGAGAACGUGCUGCCCAAGGCAGAAUCCUCAGCUGGAGAUGGUCCUGUCCCUUAUUCUCAGAGCUCCAGCUCGCUAAUAAUGCCACGGCCCAACUCAGUUGCAGCAACAAGCUCUACCAAAUUGGAAGACCUGAGUUAUUUAGAUGGGCAGAGAAAUGCUCCUCUUCGGACAUCAAUUAGGUUGCCAUGGCACAAUACAGCUGGAGGUAGGGCACAGGAAGUGAAAGCACGAUUUGCUCCCUACAAGCCACAGGACAUUUUGUUGAAACCCCUGCUGUUUGAAGUACCGAGCAUCACAACCGACUCUGUGUUUGUGGGAAGGGAUUGGCUCUUUCACCAGAUAGAGGAAAAUUUGAGGAACACAGAACUGACAGAAAACAGAGGAGCAGUGGUUGUGGGAAAUGUGGGAUUUGGGAAGACAGCCAUCAUUUCCAAGUUGGUGGCACUGAGCUGCCACGGAAGCCGCAUGAGGCAGAUUGCAUCCAGCAGCCCCAGUUCAUCACCCAAGACUUCAGAUCCCACCCAGGACCUUCCUUUCACUCCAUUACUUUCCCCAAGUUCUUCCACAAGUGGUCUCAACGUGGCCAAAACACCUGCUGGGUCUGGUACUUCUGAAAAGCAGAGACCAAGAGAGGAUGCGGUGAAAUACCUCGCUUCUAAGGUGGUGGCCUACCACUACUGCCAAGCCGACAACACCUACACAUGCCUGGUGCCCGAGUUUGUACACAGCAUCGCGGCUUUGCUAUGCCGGUCACACCAGCUGGCUGCCUACAGAGACCUUCUAAUCAAAGAGCCCCAGCUGCAGAGCAUGCUGAGCCUCCGCUCCUGUGUACAGGACCCAGUGACUGCUUUCAAGAGAGGCAUUCUGGAGCCCCUCACAAGCCUGAGAAAUGAGCAGAAAAUUCCAGAAGAAGAAUACAUUAUUUUGAUAGAUGGCUUAAAUGAAGCUGAAUUUCAUAAACCUGAUUACGGAGAUACGCUGUCUUCAUUUAUUACCAAAAUUAUUUCUAAAUUCCCUGCCUGGUUGAAGUUGAUUGUGACUGUGAGAGCAAAUUUUCAGGAAAUCAUCAGUGCUCUGCCAUUCAUCAAGCUCUCUUUAGAUGAUUUUCCAGACAACAAGGACAUUCACAGUGACCUGCAUGCCUAUGUUCAGCACAGGAUCCACAGCAGCCAGGACAUCCUUAGCAACAUCUCCCUGAACGGCAAGGCCGAUGCCGCCCUCAUCAGCAAAGUUAGCAGUCACCUGGUGCUGCGGAGCCUGGGGUCCUACCUGUACCUCAAGCUCACCCUGGACCUCUUCCAACAGGGACACCUGGUCAUUAAAAGUGCCAGCUACAAGGUGGUGCCUGUAUCUCUGUCCGAGCUCUAUUUGCUGCAGUGCAACAUGAAGUUCAUGACCCAGUCUGCCUUCGACAGAGCCCUUCCCAUUUUAAACGUGGCCCUUGCUUCCCUCCACCCCAUGACAGAUGAGCAGAUUUUUCAGGCAAUUAAUUCUGGCCACAUUCAAGGUGAGCAGGGCUGGGAAGACUUUCAGCAAAGGAUGGAAGCCCUCUCCUGUUUCCUCAUCAAGAGGCGAGACAAAACUCGCAUGUUCUGCCACCCAUCCUUCAGAGAGUGGCUGGUGUGGAGAGCAGAUGGCGAAAGCACAGCCUUCCUGUGUGAGCCCAGGAAUGGACAUGCUCUGCUGGCAUUCACGUUCUCUCGACAGGAAGGCAAGCUGAACCGCCAGCAGACCAUGGAGCUGGGCCACCAUAUCCUGAAGGCACACAUUUUCAAGGGCCUCAGUAAGAAGACUGGAAUCUCCUCAAGCCAUCUUCAGGCCUUGUGGAUUGGUUACAGCACAGAAGGGCUGUCUGCUGCCCUGGCCUCUCUCAGGAAUCUCUAUACUCCCAAUGUGAAGGUGAGCCGUCUCCUGAUUUUGGGAGGGGCCAAUGUCAACUACAGGACGGAAGUGUUAAAUAAUGCCCCCAUCCUAUGCGUCCAGUCUCACCUUGGCCAUGAGGAAGUGGUCACUCUACUUCUGGAAUUUGGCGCCUGCCUGGAUGGGAUGUCAGAAAAUGGCAUGACUGCACUCUGCUACGCAGCAGCUGCUGGCCACAUGAAGUUAGUGUGUCUGCUGACCAAGAAGGGGGCAAGGGUAGACCACUUGGAUAAGAAGGGCCAGUGUGCACUCGUCCACAGCGCGCUGCGGGGCCACAGUGACAUUCUGCAGUACCUGCUGAGCUGUGAGUGGUCAGCAGGUCCUCCCCAGCCUGGCAUGCUGAGAAAGAGCCAAGCCCUGCAGCAGUCACUGACAGCAGCUGCCAGCAUGGGCCACAGCUUGGUAGUCCAGUGCUUGCUGGGAAUGGAAGAGGAACAUGAAAUCGAAGUCAAUGGCACCGACACAUUGUGGGGAGAAACAGCCCUGACUGCUGCUGCAGGGAGAGGAAAGCUGGAGGUCUGCGAGCUGCUGCUGGAACAUGGAGCUGCUGUGUCCCGGACCAACAGAAGAGGGGUGCCCCCUCUGUUUUGUGCAGCCCGCCAGGGGCAUUGGCAGAUUGUUAGACUGCUGUUGGAGCGUGGCUGUGAUGUGAACCUGAGUGACAAGCAGGGUCGGACGCCCCUCAUGGUGGCUGCCUGUGAAGGACACCUGAGCACUGUGGAAUUCCUCCUUUCAAAAGGUGCUGCCCUUUCUUCUCUGGACAAAGAGGGUCUCUCAGCAUUGAGUUGGGCUUGUCUGAAGGGUCACAGGGCAGUGGUCCAGUAUCUGGUUGAAGAAGGAGCUGAGAUAGACCAGACAGACAAAAAUGGCCGUACUCCCUUGGACCUGGCUGCCUUCUAUGGCGAUGCAGAGACUGUGCUGUAUCUGGUGGAAAAGGGAGCAGUGAUCGAGCAUGUGGACCACAGUGGAAUGCGGCCACUGGACAGAGCCAUCGGUUGCCGAAACACCUCUGUAGUGGUCACUCUGCUCAGAAAAGGAGCCAAACUAGGAAAUGCUGCUUGGGCGAUGGCCACAUCCAAACCUGAUAUCUUGAUUAUACUUUUACAGAAAUUGAUGGAGGAAGGAAAUGUGAUGUACAAAAAAGGAAAGAUGAAGGAGGCAGCCCAGAGGUACCAGUAUGCCCUAAGGAAGUUUCCUCGAGAAGGACUUGGAGAAGACAUGAGACCUUUCAAUGAACUAAGAGUCUCCCUCUAUCUCAAUCUGUCUCGGUGCCGAAGGAAAACAAAUGACUUUGGCAUGGCAGAAGAAUUUGCUUCGAAGGCUCUGGAAUUGAAACCCAAGUCGUAUGAAGCCUUUUAUGCCAGGGCAAGAGCAAAGAGGAACAGCAGGCAAUUUGUGGCAGCUCUGGCUGACUUGCAAGAGGCCAUGAAACUCUGUCCCACCAAUCAGGAAAUCAAGAGGCUGCUAGCCCGUGUGGAAGAGGAAUGCAAGCAACUUCAGAGGAACCAGCAGCAAAAACAGCAGGGCCUGCUGCCAGCUCCACCCAAUGACUCAGAUAAUGAAGAGGAUGCACCAACCUCUAGUUUAAACGACCACUUCCCCCUUGAGGCUGCAGAAGAGGAAGAAACCUCAUCACAGGAAGAAUCCAUCUCCCCGACUCCCAGAUCGCCACCACCAUCAUCUGUCCCUUCCCCAUAUAUCCGAAACCUUCAAGAGGGGUUACAGUCCAAAGGCAGGCCAGUAUCACCACAGAGCAGAGCAGGAAUCAGCAAGUCCCUGAGGGAGACUGUGGCUCAGCCAGGGUUGGUUAUGCAGCCUACCAAACAGGCACAGAUUGUGAAGACCAACCAACAUCUGGGUUCUGGACAGUCUAGCAUGAGAAACAGUAGCACAAAAAUGCAAGUCUCUUCUCAGAACCCUCCCCCGAGUCCCAUGCCUGCCAGAAUCCCUGCAGCCCCUGUUGGGAGCAGAAACCAGCAUUUAGAGGGAUCAGGUCCCUUCACUAUAGGAGCUGGUUGUGGCCACUAUGGGGAUCGGCUAGGCCCCAGCCAGAAUGUCCAGCUACACCGCAGUGAGAGUGGUACUGCAUAUCCUCUACCGAGCAAGGUCAAAGCUGCCGAGAGGCUCUUAUCUCAUGCCUCUGCGGCUGUGGACGUAGCCCCUCCAAGCCAGAGUGGACCAGUGAGCUGCAGUGAUAAGCGACACCCAGCUUCCCUCGCCAGCUCAGGCUCUUCUGGUUCUCCAUCUAGCAGCAUAAAAAUGUCAAGUUCAACCAGUAGUUUGACUUCAAGCAGUAGUUUUUCAGAUGGUUUCAAGGCCCAAGGACCAGAGGCUCGAAUUAAAGACAAAGGUACAAACCAAAUGCAGAGUGGCACUGCUGAGCACAGGCCCCGCAAUACCCCAUUCAUGGGCAUCAUGGACAAGACUGCCAGGUUCCAGCAGCAAAGUAAUCCUCCAAGCCGCACCUGGCACUGCCAAGUGGCAGAAGGGCUACUUGCAAACACAGCCACUGCAGCUGGCCUGCAGUCCUCUAACUCUGAGAAGCCCUCUCUCAAGCCAGGAGGAGGAUAUUCCAACCAAGCCAAACCCUGUUCCAUUCCCCCGCUGAGUGCAAGUGUCCACAAUGGGGCACAGGUGAAGGAGCUAGAGGAAAAUAAGUGCCAAAUUCCAGUUCACUGUCAAGACAGCAGGGUAACUAAGAGUGUUCCUCAUCUGUACCAGGAAAGCAUCUCCAAGCAGCCGCCGCAUGUCAGUAGCGAAACCCACAGAAGCCACCUCACUUCAGCGAAACCAAAGCGAUCAUUCAUAGAGUCAAAUGUGUGAGCCUUAAUCAAUGUGUUUGCAGAAUUUGGCUCAUGGUGGUAAAUAACUGUCUUUUUUUUUUUUCCAUCAUAAAAAAUACUUUUUAGCUAUAUUUUCUCCCACUGGGGUGGAUCUAAUACCACUGACAUACUAAAAAUGUAGGAUAAAACUUCUUUAAUAAAUAGCUAGAAGUCACCCAUAAAUAAGAAUGCUAAACAGAAUUGAAAACUACAAUUAGCUUAUACCUAUCAAGUUACAGACAGCCACAAAGACAUUACCCAAUGCUUUUCUCGUAGGAAAUUAUCUGGUUUUCUCCAAGCCUUUGCUAUGUGGCACAAUCCCAGCAUUUACUUGGAGAAAAAAAAAAAAAAUCCAUCAUUAAGCCACGUUUUAAUUCAUGACAUGAUAUCCAGAUGUAUAUUCUAGAAAAAGAUGGAAGAAUUUUUAAGUUACAGCUCCAGUCAGUCAAGUCCUGAGCAAUUUCUAGCUGAAUGUAAUGUGACUAAACAGAGCUGUAUUUUUUUUUUUUUAAGGGAAACAUGAGUAAACCCAAGUAUCAUUCCCUUGAGGAAGUUACUUUAAGGGGAUUAAACACUUAUUUUCACGUGAUGGUUCUUUUACAGAGUAUUUUUAUAGCACCUUUUUUGGAACUAUAUUCAUGCUUCACGGUAUUGUUAUGUGGAAACAAUAUAAGCUAUUUAGAAUUUUGAUUGGUGUCCAGAUCAGAUCGUACUAAGACAAGCAUUCUUGGUGGUGUUUAUAAAUGAGCUCUAACUGGUUCCAAAAGUGCUCUCAACACUUGUUCCUGAAACAAGCCUUCCAAAGUCCUUUAAGGACAGUGUUUAAACUGGAUACUUAUUGUCAGGUUGGUGGUUUUGUUUGUUAUGCAGUCAUUACUUCAUAGUCACAUGUUGUAUAUAUAAAUAGCUAGCCCAGCUUUAUUCAGACUUGUAAAUAUAACUCAAAAGUACUCUAAAGACAAACAGUAAGACCCCAGCCAUCUACCCGCAUGUUCUCUGUAAGCUUUGUCCAUGCUGGUUAUUGCACUGAGUGAUAAGUUACCAUGGCAUGUUAACAGUAUACCAGUAACGGCACUUUAUCUCCUUUCUAUGAACACCUCUGAGGUGCUACUUACGUCCAAGCUGAUGUAUUAUUAUUCAUCUGUAAAGAUAAGGUACAGGAAUGAAUCUUGGUUUAAGGUAAUUUUAUAUGAAAAUGGUGUUAUUGGAGGAUGUUAAAAUGCUGGUUUGAGAGAAGUGGGGGUGUAUUUUAUAUGUUGAGAUGUGAAAUUUAUUUUCUAGAAUUGGGAGAAGGAAGUUCUAUAUUUGCAGAAUGUUUUAAAAAUGAAUAGUUAUGAAGUUCCUAUGAACAUCAAGGUUUUGUAUGAUAAGAACCUUCUGGUGUCAUUCUUCAUUUGUUCCUGUAUGUGCAGUGUGCUUUGUACAAAAAGCUAUACCGUUUUUAUAAGCUCUCCAUGAGUUCUUCUAUAAUUACUAUGGCUUAUUUAUUGUUUUCUUUAAUAUUUGUGGAAGUCUUACUCUUUUGUUAGGUAGUUUUGUUUCUGCACAACUACUGUACUUUUCCAUAUGGAAUAAAACUAUUACUAUAA